AUGAAAUCUUCUCUACAUAUUAAAUUUAUAGGUAUGAGUAUUCAGAAAAAUGACUGUGCUUUAUUUCCUGGCCAACAAAUUAUUGCAACAUCAGUUGGUGCUAUGUGUACAGCUUUGUUAAUGACACCAUUUGAUGUUGUUAGAAUACGAUUACAAUCACAACAACAACCAUUAUCUAAAGGCGAUUGUUUUGUAUUUCGUAAUGGACUUGGUGAUCAUGUUUGCAGUUGUUUUAAUGAAACGAAAGCAGUACCAUGGUAUAAUCGAUCAAUCCCUGGACAAUAUAGUGGUACAAUAGAUGCUUUGUUAAAAAUUACGCGUAGUGAAGGUAUUCGAUCAUUAUGGUCAGGUUUACCACCAACUCUAGUUAUGUCAUUACCAAAUACAGUUAUUUAUUUUACUGCCUAUGAACAAUUAAAAUGUGUUAUGGGUUAUAAAAGAACGAAUUUAAAUCCAAUUAUACCUGGUAUUGCAGGUGGAUCAGCAAGAAUGUUAGCUGUAGUUGUUACAAGUCCAUUAGAAUUAAUACGAACGAAAAAAAUGUCACAACAAUUAUCAUAUAGUGAUUUAUUAAAGAUAUUAAGAGUAUCAAUUGAAGCCGAUGGUUUUCGUUCAUUAUGGAGAGGACUUAUACCAACUAUUUGGAGAGAUUUACCAUUUAGUAUUUUCUAUUGGUCUUCAUAUGAACAAUUAAAAUUAUUUAUUACGAAAAAAUUUGGUGCAACACAAACAUUAAGUGCUUUUUAUUCUGGAGCAACAGCUGGUGCCUUAGCAACUAUUCUUACACAUCCAUUUGAUACUGUUAAAUCUAUUCGCCAAGUUCAAAUAGGUAAUAAUCAACCACAAAAAACUGAUCGUACAAUUUAUAUUCUUCGUAAAAUGUUGAGAGAACAAGGCCUGCAAAGUUGGUAUAAAGGUCUCAUUCCACGUUUGUUAAAAGUUUCGCCAGCAUGUGCUAUUAUGAUUUCAACGAUUGAAUUCUUCCGUGAACAUGUAUUUAAGUAA